AUGGAGCAGUGUAGAGGACAUCGUACGUCCGUCGUACGUCCGUCGUACGUCCGUCGUACGUCCGUUGUACGUCCGUCAUACGUCCGUUGUACGUCCGUUGUACGUCCGUCGUACGUCCGUCGUACGUCCGUCAUACGUCCGUCAUACGUCCGUUGUACGUCCGUUGUACGUCCGUCGUACGUCCGUCAUACGUCCGUUGUACGUCCGUCGUACGUCCGUCGUACGUCCGUUGUACGUCCGUCAUACGUCCGUCAUAAGCCGUACGUCGGUCAUACGUCCGUUGUAAGUCCGUUGUACGUCCGUCGUACGUCCGUCGUACGUCCGUCGUACGUCCGUCAUACGUCCGUCAUACGUCGUACGUCCGUCAUAAGCCGUACGUCCGUCGUACGUCUGUCAUACGUCCGUCAUACGUCCGUCAUACGUCGUACGUCCGUCAUAAGCCGUACGUCCGUCGUCCGUCCGUCGUACGUCCGUCGUACGUCCGUCGUACGUCCGUCGUGCGUCCGUCAUACGUCCGUCAUACGUCCGUCAUACGUCUGUCAUACGUCCGUCAUACGUCUGUCAUACGUCCGUCAUACACGAGUGCGGAGUGAAGGAUGUGUGAGUGUGAUCUCUGUCAGUGUAACGUGGGAAGCUAUGUACAGGUACAUUAAAGACGCUCUUGGGGGCCCUCUGUGGGGGCCCUCUGUGGGGGCCCUCUGUGGCCCUGGCCCUCAGUCUGCUUCUUGGUUAGAGCCAGCCCUGGCAUCACAACAGUAA